CGAAGUGUUUUGGGUGCGGAUGACGGACGCCAGCGAACAGCAGCAGCAGGAGAUCUCCCCGCGAAGCAGUGAGGAAAGGCAUAAAAAGCAGUAUACGAACGGAGCGAUUCGCCAUUUUAAAAAUCCUAUCGUCCAGGGUACGAGCAAAGGAAGUAUACCUAGUGCAUCGAAGUAAUAAAGUAAGUUUUCGCCGGAAUUUGCCGCGAAUUAUUGCGUUGAGCGGUGGUGAAAAGUGAGCCAAGUUCGGACUAAUUUCGGCGUGUUGGAAGUUCAGUGAUUCCGAUUGUCAUCGCGGAGAAAAAUCAAUCGGAAAACAUUGUGGAAGGCUCAGCCUACUACUACUAAUCAUGGGAGGAAAGUAUUUUGCCCAGUGGUACUUUCCCUAGAAGCAGUGCUAAACAUUGAGAGCGCAGUAAAUAUUGAAUAAGGGCAUGGCAUCGUUAUGCUUUGUGCAUUGACCGGGAAGUGGUGAAGAAGGAAGAAAAUUAAGUCAUUAUUAAAUGCACAAAAGUGUUCCUUGUCCGCCUGUUUCGGUUCUGCCUUGGAACGACCUUUUCUACUGGAUCCAGAAGUGGUCAUAAUGGUUAUUAUUGUGUGUUGUUGAAGGGCCAAGUCUAUAAACAAUAACACUUUUGUGCUGCUGCAGAGAAAAACAAGUUAAAAGUGUUUUAAAGGAAAGUUUCUUUCCGCGAAGAAAGCAUUUUUCGUUCUGCUCACAUAAGCCUUGUGUGUGUGUUUUGUGCUAGUUAAGCGGAUCUUGAUCGCUGCAAGAGGUCGUUUUUUCGGUUUCGGUUCUCGAGCUGUUGUUUAAUGUGUUUAAUGAGGGCACCACUUUAGCUGUGACCAGUCGAAACCUUCUUUGCAUCAAGGAAAACGUGUAGUAAACUGGAUCUUGUGUAACACCCGGAGCGGAGCGGAAUCAAGCAAGGCCUCAAAGUGGAUACCAAAAGUAACCUGGGCUUGACCCAGGAUUUCGAGAGGAUGGUGGGCCUCUCGGGCGGCGCUCACCUCUACGGGGCGGGCCUCCCCCCGACGCAGGAAAUUGUCCGCGACAUGUCCUCGAUGCCGAGCACCGCUCCAACCAGUGCCGAUGCCUGUCUCAGCAUUGUCCAUUCGCUGAUGUGUCACCGGCAAGGUGGGGAAAGCGAAGGCUUCGCCAAACGGGCCAUCGAAUCUCUGGUGAAGAAGCUGAAGGAGAAACGAGACGAGCUGGACUCACUAAUCACGGCCAUCACCACAAACGGAGCGCACCCCAGCAAGUGCGUCACGAUCCAACGGACCCUCGAUGGUCGAUUGCAGGUGGCAGGGCGCAAAGGUUUCCCUCAUGUGAUUUAUGCCCGCAUAUGGCGCUGGCCAGAUCUCCACAAAAACGAACUGAAGCACGUCAAGUACUGUCAGUUCGCGUUCGAUCUCAAAUGCGACUCGGUUUGCGUCAACCCGUACCAUUAUGAGCGGGUGGUGUCCCCCGGAAUUGAUCUAUCAGGAUUAACACUGCAGACUGGGCCGAGUCGUUUAAUCAAAGAUGAGUACACCCCGGGUUCGGUUGUGCCGGGAUCAAUGGACAUUGAUGGCAAUGAAAUUGGAACGAUACAACACCACCCGGCAAUGGUGCCAGGGGCGGGCUACGGUGGCAUGGGAAUGCACCAACAAGUUCCAGACCCGUCACAAUUGGGCAGUAUGUUUCCUCCUCCGCCGGGCAGUGCCCCGAGACCUAUACCAAAAAUGGAACCAACUGAGCCCCCGCGAAACAGUAACGGCAGCUGGAUGAACAACCAAAGUUCGUCCUCAUCGACUGCCUCCAAUCCCGCUCCACUCAAUCGGCUUUCGUCGUCUCUGCCGCAUUCCUCUGUUCUAGGCAAUCCAAUCGAGUUAGCCAGCGGCGGUGGGUUGCGCCCUCCUCAGCCGGGACCCGCACAGGGGCCUCCUCAAUCCGCUCCACCAAAUCCUCAAAUGACAAACGGUGGUAACGGACUUAUAGGAAGCUCAUCACAGCCCAAUCUCCUUGGUGCGGACGGUCAAGGCCAAUACUACACCAAUAGCACCGUGGAUCCCACGCUUGCUGGUGAUCCUCAACUUGGUCCCAACAUGGGAGUACAAAAUUCGAUAUCUGCCACAUCGCCCGUAUCUCCUCACCUGCAGCAGAAUGGUUACAGUCAGCAGCCACCAAACAGUCAACAGCAACAACAAGCACCACCUCAGCAGCAGUCACAACAAUCCUCCGGUCAGGGACAGUACGGCCAACACCAGACCGGUGCGGCGACAUGGUCCGGUGCCAACACGCUAACGUAUACGCAAUCAAUUCAGCCGCCAGCGCCGGAUCCACGGUCUCAGGGUGGUCACCAGCAGUACUGGCAGCAUGGCGGCGGUGGCCCUGGAAGUGUCAGUGGAUCAAGUACAGGCCAAAUGCAGGAAUUGCCAAACCAACAACGUCUGUCUAGACAACCGGCACCGGAAUACUGGUGUUCGGUUGCUUAUUUCGAGCUCGAUACCCAGGUUGGGGAAAUGUUCAAAGUACCAUCGAACCGUCCAAAUGUAACCGUCGACGGGUAUGUCGAUCCGUCUGGUGGAAAUCGGUUCUGCUUGGGUGCACUCAGCAACGUGCAUCGAACGGAGCAAAGUGAAAAAGCAAGGCUACACAUCGGCAAGGGAGUGCAGCUGGAUCUGCGUGGCGAAGGAGAUGUGUGGCUGCGAUGCCUAAGUGACCAUUCAGUGUUCGUACAAAGUUACUAUCUGGAUCGGGAGGCUGGCCGCACGCCAGGCGAUGCGGUUCACAAAAUCUAUCCUGCGGCAUGCAUAAAGGUGUUUGAUCUCCGCCAGUGUCACCUUCAGAUGCAAUCUUUGGCAACGAGCGCCCAGAAAGCUGCACAAAUGCAAGCCGCCGCGGUAGCUGGGGUUUCUGGAUUAGCUGUUGGUGCUCCCCGAAAUCUGUCGGCCGCUGCUGGAAUCGGUGUCGAUGACUUGCGAAGGCUCUGUAUCCUCCGGCUGUCCUUCGUCAAGGGCUGGGGCCCCGACUAUCCUAGACAGUCAAUCAAAGAGACGCCCUGCUGGGUAGAAGUACACCUGCACCGGGCGUUGCAACUGUUGGACGAAGUGUUGCAUCAAAUGCCGAUUGAUGGCCCCCGCGGCGGUAUAGAGUAAAUCACAACGCGUAUAGCUGCUUCAGUAUAUGUAUAGGAUAUUUAUUUCACGCGUGACGGAUCUACAAUUAUUGUUUAUAGUGAUAUGCUGAUAUGUACAUGUACGAGUAGUGAUCACAAGAGUGUUACAAGAGUGCGCAUGCAAAUGCUUGUUAAAAUAUAAGACGUACUAUCCGUUCGAGACGUUUAGUGCAAAAAGUUACUCAGUAGAUUGCUUCAAAAUCCCUAUUUGUGCAUUGAAACUGUGUAGGCAAUUUUUGCUAAAAUUAUGUUAAUGUUGUUCUUCUAAACACCUGACGUUGGAAUAGAGAGACAGGACAGAAUUCAGUAAUCACAGCAAGUCGUCUGUAACGGAUAGCGAAAACAGGAAAUAAAAAACGUGUGAUUUGUUAGUAGAUAACGUUUAUGAUAAGCAUGAAAACAUGUAUACUUAGCAACUAAAUCAUGAAUAAACUUAUUUAUACAGAUAACGAUCUACAAAGUUUUAUGCUAAAUAUUAGAAGAAAAAAAAAACAAAGAAUGUUUACGCAUCAAAGUGAUUCAAACAAGUACCGCAAGGUCAAUACACAAAUUUCGUCUCUUACAAAAUAAAUGAUUAUAUAAAACGAUGAAAACAUUAACAACUGAACUAAAAGGAUACAAAGCAACCGACAAAUAUUCUACCUCUGAAAAAAAAUGAGAACAACAAGAACACUCACUUUAUAUUCAUGCAUAGUUCUUUAAACAAAGAUACCUAAAUAGCAGACAAAAGGCGAACAAAAUUAAGAUGUGCUAGCAAAUAAUACAAAUAAAAGAACACACAAAUGGCAAAGCGCCCCCUAAAGUUGAUUACAGUGAGGUUAUGGACAUGCGUCAAACAGCGUUGGAUGUUUCAAAAAUGUUAGUAGUGACAAAACUGAAAGGAAUCUGUACCUUAAAAAUUAAUAAGAAAACAUGCUCUUUCCAGAGGACGAAUCCCGGCUAUAUUAUUACUAUUGGUGAUUUCAGCAUGAAGCAAAGCGUGCUAAUCAAGCCGUACAGUAUCGGUGCGCAUUGAUAGUGCCAUUAAAGAGAGCUGGUUUGUGAAAUCAGGUAUAAAGAAACUAUUUUCAAUCAUUACUACACUUUGACUAUUUCGAAAAGAAACUUAAUUUAUGUCUUGAUUUGUUAGUUCUUUUUUUCGUUUCAAAGACAAUUGAAAUAAAACAAUCGUGAAAAGUGCAAUGAAGGAGCAUUAUUAAAACUGAAUGAGGAAAAAAAAUCACACGCAUAGUACGAACGUUGUUCGACAAAGAGUUACUUCCAAAAUCGGAGAAGUUUAUUUUGUUAGUUGCUGAUUGGAAUGCCCCACUGUUGAUGUUUUUUUUUUUCUAUUUUUUUUAGAACCAUAUUUGAAAUGGUUCGCAAUCUAAAUAUGACAGAAUGUAACUUUAAAUCAAGAUUAUCGGUAAAUAAAAAUACAUCACAUCGCAAAA